AUGGUGAUAAUUAUUGUUCUUCUUGUUCUUGAUCUUGCUCUAUGUGAUGUCACUUCAGGGCUAGUAACAGAAUCUGAGGCCUUACUCAAAUGGAAACAAAGCCUACCUCCACAACCAAUUCUUGAUUCAUGGGUUAUGAAUCAAACUAGUCCAUGUUCAUGGAGAGGGAUCACCUGUGAUCUUCAAGGGAGUGUGACUACCAUAAACUUAGCCUACACUGAACUUUCAGGUACCCUUCACAACCUAAACUUCUCUUCUUUCCCAAACCUUUUGAUUCUUGAUCUCAAAACAAAUAACCUGACAGGAACUAUACCACAAAACAUUGGUGUCCUUUCAAAACUUCAAUUCCUUGAUCUUUCUACCAACUACCUCAAUGGAACUUUACCCCUUUCUAUUGCAAAUUUGACUCAAGUUCAUGAACUUGACGUGUCAAGAAAUGACAUAACAGGAAUCUUAGACCCUCUUUUGUUUCCUGAUUCAAGUGAUGAUCCAAAAAGAGGCUUAAUUAGUAUUAGGAAACUUCUAUUCCAAGAUACCCACUUAAUUGGAACACUUCCUAAUGAAAUUGGUAACAUUAAAAACUUGACUGUUCUAGCUCUUGAUGCUAACAAUUUCUAUGGACCUAUUCCACCUUCUUUAGGAAAUUGCACCCAUUUAAGUGUUCUUAGACUUAAUGAGAAUCAAUUCUCAGGUACAAUACCUCCUAGUAUUGGCAAGUUAACUAACUUAACCGAUGUGAGGUUUUUCGCAAAUUACUUGAAUGGCACGGUACCUAGAGAACUCGGGAACUUGUCUUCUUUGGUUGUCCUGCAUCUUGCUGAGAACAAUUUCAUUGGUGAGUUGCCACCUCAAGUGUGCAAAGCUGGAAAGCUUGUGAAUUUCAGUGCUUCUUCUAACCGUUUCACCGGUCCAAUUCCAGUUAGCCUUAGAAACUGUCCAAGCUUAUACAGAGUUAGAAUUGAAUACAACAUGCUUACAGGGUAUGCUGAUGAGGAUUUUGGAGUGUAUCCUAAUCUAACAUACAUUGAUUUCAGCUACAACAGGAUUCAGGGUGAGAUCUCUUCGAAUUGGGCCGGCUGCGAAAACUUGCAGGUACUCAGAAUGGCUGGGAAUUCCAUAAGUGGUAACAUUCCGGCCGAGAUUUUUCGGCUGAGCCAACUAGCAGAGCUUGAUGUAUCUUCCAACCAACUUUCUGGAGAGAUUCCUCUAGAGAUUGGUGAUCCAACAACCUUGUAUGAACUGAAUUUCAGUGACAAUAGACUUUCUGGUGUGAUACCGGCCAAAAUUGGAAACCUUUUGAGUUUGCAGUCUUUGGACCUGUCAAUAAACAUGUUCCUGGGACCAAUCCCAAAUACUAUUGGUAACUUGAACAACUUGAUGAAACUGAAUUUGAGCAACAAUAACUUGAAUGGCACAAUCCCAUACCAAAUUGGAAAUCUUGCAAGCUUGCAAGAUUUCUUGGACUUGAGUUUCAAUUCACUUUUAGGGGAAAUACCUGAUGAUCUUGGCAAGUUUGCGAAUUUAAUAAUCUUGAACCUCUCUCAUAACAAUCUUUCAGGUUCUAUUCCUGAGUCCAUUAGCAAAAUGUUGAGUUUGUCAUUCAUCAACCUUUCCUACAAUCAUUUGGAAGGUCCUGUGCCGAAUGCGCGCAUAUUCAACUCUUCUAGCACUUCAGAUUUGAGCAACAAUGAAAACUUAUGUGGGAAUAUCAAAAGUUUACGACCUUGUGAUGUCUCGAUCGAUGUACCUUCAAGCGCAAGUAACAAACACAAGCUUAAGGUUCUUGUCCCACUUCUUGCUUCUUUAGGAGGCGCUUUGUUUCUUUCAUUGGUCUGUUUCACAAUUUUCUUCCUCAUCAACAAGCAAAAUUUAGGAUCAACAAGACGAAAUUCGUGGAACAAGAGGCCUAAUCCGUUCUCAAUUUGGUGCUUCAAUGGCAGAAUUGUGUAUGAAGACAUAAUGGAAGCUACCAAGAAUUUCGACAGCGAAUACUGCAUAGGAGAAGGAGCAUUAGGAAAAGUUUACAAAGCAACUCUGAAAGGAGGUCAAGUAUUUGCUGUGAAAAAAUUGAAAUGUGAUGAAGAAAACUUAGACAUUGAAAGCAUAAAGACAUUCAAGAGUGAGGUAGCAGCCAUGAAUGAAAUUCGCCACAGGAACAUUGUAAAGCUCUAUGGAUUUUGCUCUAAAGGAUUACACAGAUUCUUGAUUUAUGAGUACAUGGAUAGAGGAAGCUUAGCAGACAUGCUUGAGAAUGAUGAGAGAGCAUUGGAGGUAGAGUGGCCUAAGAGAGUUGACAUUGUUAAAGGCGUGGCCAGAGCUUUGUCAUACAUGCAUCAUGAUUGUAAUCCUCCAUUGAUUCACAGAGACAUUUCAAGCAAGAAUGUUUUAUUGUCAUCUGAUCUUACAGCUCAUGUCUCGGAUUUCGGCACAGCCAGAUUUUUGAAGCCUGAUUCGCUAAUUUGGACCGCGUUUGCAGGCUCAUAUGGAUAUGCUGCUCCAGAACUUGCUUACACAAUGGCAGUGACAGAGAAAUGUGAUGUGUUUAGUUUUGGGGUUUUGACUUUGGAGAUUCUAAGUGGAAGGCACCCUGGUGAUCUUGUUUCUUAUAUACAGACUACAACUAACCAAAGUAUAAACUUCAAAGAUAUUUUGGACCCAAGACUCUUACCUCCUAAUGAUGAUAAACAUGUUCUUAAGGAAUUAGCAUUAAUUGCUGAUCUUAGUCUUUCUUGUUUACAAACAAAUCCUCAAUCCAGACCAACAAUGAGAACUGUGGCUCAGUUGCUUGAAGUGGACACUGCUCAUAAUCAAUGA